AUGGCUAUUAAAGCGAGUGACAAGGAGCUACUCACACGUUUCUCCCGCCCUCUUAGCAGCAUCGUCACAAUCCCCAAUGAACCAGCGAAACCAUUAGCUCUCGAAUGUCGCCCCGGUCAAUUGUCCAUAGGCAUGCUUGGCCGGCUACCCCUAGAGAUCUUUUAUGACAUCCUAUACACGCUAGAUCUUGAGUCUCUAUUCAGUUUUCUAUGUGUAUGUAGGCGUGGAUAUCUGAUGGCCAUGGCCAUGCUGAGGCACCGCAGGCUUCUAGAGUACAUACCUGGUACUAUUUCAGCACUUCGACGAACGGGCCUCGGUAGCCAAUACACGAUAAAGAGUCUAUAUGAGCUUUUACGCACCAGGGACUGCGUCGCGUGCGGAGAGUUUGGCGGAUUCUUGUUUCUCCCAACUGGCGAGAGAUGCUGCCAUACCUGCUUGGCCUUGAACCAGACUUUUUGGGUGGCUUCUGUUGGAAUGUUGCAGGCUCAUUUCGGUCUUCCGGCUCAUAAGCUGGAAAAGUUAGUUGUCAUGGAAGCUGUUCCAGGCAAAUAUAUAUAUAACGAUGUUGAGCAUGGUGAACUUCUGGGUCUCGUUAUGGUCAAAGACGCAGUGGAGCUUGCACUGGCAGAGGGGUUAUCUGUAAACGGAAAUAGGACAUACCUCCGGAAAACAAAGCAACGCAUCGAUACCUCUGCUUGGCUCGAUCUCCGUGAUAUGGCUCUAGUGGAGAAAAAGAGACCUGUGAAAAGGCAGCCAAGAUACGAGGCCCGGGUUCCGAAUGGUGGCUAUCCAUUGUGGUUAGGUGCGAAACCAAAUGAGUUCUACGGCAUGGCUUCUACACGACUCCCCCACCUGCUACCGGACAAGACUCUUGAAUUUGGCCUUAUUUGCAAAGGAUGUGAGGGGGAGUAUUCCUAUCUCAUGCCCAAGAGUGAAUUUCUACGCCAUGCUCGGGUGUGCAUCGGGGUUUCCAGGAAGCUCAGAGGUGGAGACAAGCUCCCAGGCUUGAAGCUCAGAGUAUGGCAUUGA